AUGAUCGAGAGGUAUAACCGCACCCUGAUUGACACCAUAGCAUCCAUGCUAGACCCAGCAGCUCACCAGAGGGACUGGGACAAGUACCUUGCUUUUGCCACUGCCGCAUACAGGAGCUGCCCACAGGAAUCUACCGGUGAAACGUCCAGUAUGAUGAUGAUGGGGCGUGAAGUGGUUCUACCACCUGAUCUUGCAAUUCCACCAAUACCAGGCACUACUGAAGAUCUGGACACAGACUAUGCCUUGAAGCUUCGUGAGAUUAUGAGAAAUGUUCAUGAAAAGGCUCGGAAUUCUCUGAGAGAGGCAGCUAGUCGCCAGAAGCAACACUAUGACAAAGCAACUGAAUCAGUCCAAUUUCACCCUGGAGAGUUUGUGUGGAUGAGGAAGAAGACUAGAGAGAAGGGACUCGCACCAAAGCUCCAACCCAGAUGGCUUGGACCAUACUUGGUGGUCACUAAACUGUCCGAUGUGACUUUUCGCUUGCAACUUUCACCAAGAUCACAUCCAUUUAUUGUCCAUGCAGAUCGACUCAAACCAUACACUGGUGCUGCAAGAGACGUGUGGCAGUACAACUCAUCCGCCUCCAACCCACCAACCAGAGACGAUGACGAGGAUGCUGAUUAA